CAACAACGGAUUCGCCGUCGAGCGCUGCCGACGAUGGCGAGGACGACGACGAGGGCGACGGCAGCGGUAUGAUCCGCCGGAAGCCAGAAUAACAUGCAAUGAGUGACAAGCAAGAUACACCCAUCCUACCACCCCUCAGCCGGGGUGCGAGCAGCAAUGGAGGUGCUACUAAUGGGGGUGCGUCUCAACAGACACUUAGGACGUCGCAAAUUUUUGCUCCUGCUCAAGGCCUCAAUGUGCUCGCUACUGGGCAACAGCUCAUUACCGUUAACACUCAGGUUCCUGGCCUCACACAGGUUAUCCCGACAUAUUCGCAGGUUCACUCGACGACUAUCGCGAACGCGCAACAAGUCGGGGUCACGAGAAUCGUUAAUAUCGCGAACACCCAGUCGCGUAACGCCACGGCAGUCGUGGGCGGCGCGAUGCCGGCUAGCGUGAACGUCGUGACCGCAUCGUCGCCGCACCCUACACCCAUCGCCCGACAAAACUCCACCAAGGUCGUGCUGGCGACGUCGCCGAAGCUCAUGCGCACCGCCAACGUGUUCGUAACGCCUAUGUCGUCGUCACAGGCAUCGUCGUCGUCGUCUUCGUCGCAGUCACAGGCAUCGUCGUCGUCAUCGCCACAGGUAACGCCUUCUUCGUCGCCAGCAAGGAAGCGGUUGAAACUGUCGGACUCGGGCGAGAAGUCUACACUCGCCGGCGAAGACCUUAGUGGUUUGCGUAAGCGGGUGAUCGAAUACAAGAUGCGCCGGAUGCAAACCAUCCGCGAGAAAUACGUCGAGAACGUGGCCGAGCUCUUCUUCCUGCACGCCGGCGGCAAUAUGAUGGACUAUUUGGCCUGGCGGAAGCGACAGCCGACGUCGCAAUAUUUGCACUUCCUGCGGCAGCAUCGAUUAGACCCGGAGGACGACGACGAGGACUUGACGGUGCCGUUACCGCCGUUACCGUCGGAAUUGUCGCAACUCUCAUCGUCCGCCAACAACACCGCCACCGUUACCGCCGCCGCCACCGCGGCCACCGCCACCGUCACCACCACCACCAUCACUACCACCACCACCACCACCGCCGCCGCCUCCGCCGCCGCCACCACUACCACCACAGCCGUCGCAGCGGCAGCAGCCGCCGCUACCGUAGCCGCCGCCGCCGCAGCCGCCGCUACCACAACCACCACCGUUACCAGCACCACUGUUAUGACUACUGCCACGUCCGUCUCCACCGUGGUUUCCGCGCCGAGUCAGAGCAACGCCGCGGAAGUUAAGAUCCUCGGCGUGGGCGCCACACCGGUGGCAGUCUCCACUACCUUACCCGCUGCAGUGGCGCAACUCACGCAACACGGUGGCACGUCAGUAGUGACGGAAACGUCGAAACCGGUGACCACGGUGGCAGCUGCGAGCCCCGUGGUGGAGAAGCCACCGUCAACAACCGCUGUCGUCGCGACUGCCACGCUGAAGACGCCCGCGGCGAUCACCGCGCUCAGCAGCCCGCAGCCUAUCGUCAAGCUGGUUAAGUUGUCUUCUACGUCCACUACGGUAACUACGUCCUGUGAUAUCACGAACAAUCAGGAGCAAAUCGUGGAGAAGGCUAAGCAGGAGGCGUAUGUGAUGCAGAGGAUCGCCGAGUUGCAACGAGAAGGAUUGUGGUCGGAACGGCGGUUGCCCAAAGUGCAGGAACCGGCGCGCACCAAGGCCCAUUGGGACUACCUGUUGGAAGAAAUGGUCUGGUUGGCCGCGGAUUUCGCCCAAGAGCGCAAGUGGAAGAAAGCCGCGGCGAAGAAGUGCGCGCGCAUGGUACAGAAAUAUUUCCAGGAGAAGGCGAUUCAGGCACAGAAGGCCGAGAAGUCGCAGGAGCUCAGACUGAAGAAGAUCGCCAGCUUCGUCGCCAAGGAAAUUAAAACUUUUUGGACGAACGUCGAAAAGUUGGUGGAGUACAAGCAGCAGACGAGAUUAGAGGAGAAGCGGAAGAAAGCGUUGGAUCAGCACUUGAAUUUCAUCGUCGGCCAAACGGAGAAAUACUCCACGUGGCUGACGGAGGGUCUCAAUAAGACCGACGGUCCGCAAAGUAUCCCGGCUUCCAUGAAUAGUUCGCGUAUUUCGUCGCCGGUGCCACAGGGAAAAGGCCAUUCCGACGAGGAAUUCCAACCGAACCAGAGUUCGGAUGACGACGAGGAGACCAUAGCCAAGGCCGAGGAGGAGAUGAAGUUAACGACUAAUCACAAGGAAGAAGUGGAAUUAUUGAAAAGAGAAUCGGAGAUACCUCUGGAAGAUCUCCUGCGAGAACUUGGGGGGGACUAUCUGGAGGAUCGCAACAAGAGCCUGUCGCCGCGAGACGCAACGAACGAGGAGCGAAAUGAAAACGAGGAAGCGGCCGACGGAGAUGUCGACUUCAUCGCUGCGUCGGGUGAAUCCUCUGACGAGGAAGACACCAUCAUGGAGGAGGAGAGGCUCGAAGGAGAUGUCGAUCAUAAACGGGAACUCGAUGAACUCAAGGCUGACAAUGAAAUGUCCAUCGACGAACUCGCAGCUAAGUACGCUAAUAUGUCAGAGGAGAUGGUGGACAUCGACGCGGAGAAUGAAGGUACCGAUAAAGAAAUCAGCGAUAAGGAAGCAACAAGGGAGAACGAGGAGCAAUCCAGUAGCAGUGAGAGUGAGAGCGAGGAAAGCGACGAUGAGAGCGGCGAUGAAGCGGCUCAGACUCAGAGCGACGCCGAAGAAACGGACGUUGGUCUUCGGUCUCUCCUCGAAGACCCGUCCGGGGAACAACAGUCGGAGAAUAAAGUCGCGGAAGCCGACCACUCGGACGCUCGUAACGAAAUGGACAACGUCGCCGCGUUGGCCGAGAGCAUCCAGCCUAAGGGAAACACGCUACUCACUACCAGUGUUGUCACCAAAAUACCCUUCUUGCUGAAACAUUCGCUUCGCGAGUAUCAGCACAUAGGAUUGGACUGGCUCGUUACAAUGUACGACAGAAAGUUGAACGGUAUCUUGGCGGACGAGAUGGGUCUAGGUAAAACCAUACAGACCAUUGCGCUAUUGGCGCAUCUGGCUUGCGAGAAGGGAAACUGGGGCCCGCAUCUCAUCAUCGUGCCGACCUCUGUGAUGCUGAAUUGGGAAAUGGAAUGCAAGAAAUGGUGCCCCGGCUUCAAAAUACUGACGUAUUACGGCACACAGAAGGAGAGGAAACAAAAGAGAACAGGCUGGACGAAGCCGAACGCCUUCCACAUAUGCAUAACGUCUUACAAGUUAGUCAUACAGGAUCACCAAAGUUUCAGACGGAAGAAGUGGAAGUAUCUUAUCCUGGAUGAAGCGCAAAAUAUUAAGAACUUUAAGUCGCAGAGGUGGCAGUUGUUGUUGAAUUUUCAAACGCAACGGAGGUUGCUACUCACUGGCACACCCCUUCAAAACAAUUUAAUGGAGCUGUGGUCGCUCAUGCACUUUCUCAUGCCUAACGUGUUCCAGUCUCAUCGAGAAUUCAAGGAGUGGUUCAGUAAUCCCGUUACGGGUAUGAUCGAAGGAAACAGUGAAUACAACGAGAACAUUAUCCGUCGUCUGCACAAGGUGUUACGGCCGUUUCUCUUGAGACGCUUGAAAACCGAGGUGGAAAAGCAAUUGCCGAAGAAAUACGAGCACGUGGUAAUGUGCCGUUUGUCGAAGCGUCAGAGAUUCUUGUACGAUGAUUUUAUGUCGAGGGCCAAGACCAGAGAAACGCUCGCGAGCGGCAAUCUCUUGAGCGUGAUCAAUGUAUUGAUGCAGCUGCGGAAGGUGUGCAACCAUCCGAACUUGUUCGAGGUGCGACCGACCGUUUCGCCGUUUCAGAUGGAGGCGCUCGAAUUCGUGACCGCCUCCUUAGUGUGGACUGCCCUCGACUACGAUCCCUUGAAGCACAUCGAUCUGUCUAGCGUGAACCUUUUACUGUUAGAUUUGGAGCUGACGCUCAGCGCGUUUGUCGCGCACCGAGUGAGACGACUGCAAACGCCGAGAAAGCUUAUAGAGGAAAUAGAUAACCAGCCGGAACCGGCGCCGCGUUGCCCGUCGGGCCGGAUUAAGAUUAACGUUAGAUUGUCGAAUCAGGCGAAACCGUCGCCGUCGAGCGCGCAGCAACAGCAACAGACGCAGACCAAAUUGAAGAAUCUGGCCGGUGUGCUGCCUACGCCAAGAGUGGGCACGUCGCCCUUCAUCAAGUCGUUAAACGCCAGCCAGGCUGGCCCAGGACAAGGAGUAACGCUCCGAGUCGCGGGUGGCCAACAAUUGCAAGGGUAUUCCGUGCAGCUUGUACAGCACCAGGGUAGCGUGAAAGCUAUUCCAAUGGCAACGUUGGCGCACAAUCCGCAAAGCACCACCACUGUGACGUCGACUACUGCGGCGACGAACGCUCAGAGGAUCACAGUGGGCAACGCCAACAUCAGGGAUGGCCUGCAGCGGCUGACCGCGCAGACUGUCACGGUCAAGCAAGGCGAUUCCGUCCAGAGGAUAGCGAUGCCCAGUUUCGCGCAGCUGGUCCAAACUUCGAGCGGUAGACAUAUCAUUCUUACGUCGAACCAGCAGAACACGAACGCAGUAAUGACGAGCGGUCCGCGCCUCACGGUGUUGUCGAAAUCUCUGAUGGGCCUGCCCUCCUCGGCAGCCGCUGUUAACAAGGUCGUCGGCAGCGUGGUGACUACCACCAGUGGCAGGCCCGUUAUGAGGGUGCCACCUCUGAACGUUAGCCAUGCCUCGCAGAUACAAUCGUCCAGUGGAAACGGCGGCCAACAACCGCAGCCGAUACGCAGUAUCGUGACCAGACAGGCUCAGAAGGAAGCAAUCAAGGCGCAAGUGAAGGAACAGCCCAAAUCUGAGUUCCAUUUGCCGCAGUUGGAAGAAGAGAGACGGCAAAGACGGCAAGCCAAGUUGCGUUUCAUAACGAACAUCAACGAACGGAGAUGCGCGGCGUGUCCGCUUUACGGCGAGGACCUGUUCAUGGCGUUGAGAAUAGGCAAGCCGGCGACGGCUUGCCCUUGGCACAACGGCUGGAUGCACUGCGCUACGAUGAAGCAGAGCACACGGACUCGCCGUGAGUUCUUCUCUCGCACGGAGGCGCUUGCGGAGGCCAUCAAGUCCACGGAGCGGAUCGUCGAGGAGCUCAAGGAAGUCUUCGAGAGAUUCGUGGUGCACGUGCCGGCAGUGCGCGCGCCGGUACCCCGGUUCCACGUGUCCCACCCGCCGCCGCACAAGUUGUGGAACGAGCGGCGCCUACGAGUGGAACUGCAGCACCAACUGUCGCCGAAGUUCGUCCUGCUCCAUUCGAUCACGAGUCGCAUGCUGACGCAAUUCCCCGAUCCGAGACUGAUCCAAUACGACUGCGGCAAGCUGCAGUCGCUGGACCGUCUGUUGAGGAAGCUCAAGACCGAGAAUCACCGGGUCCUUAUAUUCACGCAGAUGACCAGAAUGUUGGACGUGCUCGAGGCUUUCCUCAAUUUCCACGGUCACAUUUACCUACGACUGGACGGCACCACGCGGGUGGAUCAGCGUCAGGUCUUGAUGGAGCGGUUCAACGGCGAUAAGCGGAUAUUCUGCUUCAUUCUGUCGACAAGAUCCGGCGGCGUCGGCGUCAAUCUGACGGGGGCGGACACGGUGAUAUUUUACGACAGCGACUGGAACCCCACGAUGGACGCCCAAGCACAGGACAGAUGCCACCGAAUAGGGCAAACGCGAGAUGUGCAUAUCUACAGAUUGGUCAGUGAGAAGACCGUGGAAGAAAACAUUCUGAAGAAGGCGAAUCAAAAACGAUUGCUGGGAGACCUCGCCAUAGAAGGCGGAAACUUCACCACGGCGUACUUCAAAAGUUCGACCAUUCAAGAUCUCUUCAACAUCGACCAAACGGAGAACGAUCCGUCGGCGCGGAUGGCUGAGGUGCUGGAGCAGAGCCGAGACCGGGAGAAAGUCGGUAGCAAGGACGCGCCCUUUCACGGCGCAUCUUCCUCGACGUCUCAGCAUACAGAGGAGAAGGUGGCCAUUGGCGCCUUGGAGAGCGCCCUCGCUGCCGCCGAGGAGGAUCUCGACGUGCAAGCAGCGAAGACCGCCAAGGCGGAGGCAGUCGCCGAUCUCGCCGAGUUCGACGAGAACAUUCCGCUGGACGAUGCUGACAAGGACGACGCGCAAGUCAGCAAGGCGGAACAGGAAGUUCAACAUCUGGUUUCUCAGUUGACGCCGAUCGAGCGGUACGCGAUGCGAUUCAUCGAAGAGUCCGAGGGCUCCUUCUCGACGGCGCAGCUGGCCGCCGCCGAGCGCGAACUGGAGGAGCAGAAGAAGGAGUGGGAGCUGGACCGGUUGCGGGCGCUGCGGGAGGAGGAGGAGCGGCGCAUGCGGCUGGCGGACGACGACGAGGAGAAGCCGCUGACGUUCGGCCGCGAGGACGCCCAGAAUCAGGUUAAUAGCGCCGCUGCGAACAGGAGCGGUCCGAAGCGUUUAGUUAAUAAGAGGUUACCGGUACCGAGUAGAAGAAGUUCGCGUAGACGCGGCGGCGGCGGCGGCGGUGGUGUUCGUAACGCUCGUGGUAGGGCCCGGCGCGAGUCGUCGUCGCGAAGCGAGAGCGAGACCACGACCAGCACGGAGUCGGAGUCGGAAUCGGAGUCGCAGGAGGAGGAGGACGUGGUGGAGGACAGCCUCGACGAGGAGUCCAGCCACACCGAGAGUCAGAGUCAGGGUGACGAGGGCGAAGGGGAGGAGGAGGGCGACAAGGGCGACGACGAGGGAGAGGAGGAGGAGGACGCUAGCGAGGGGAACGAGGACAGCAGAGCGAACAGCAACGGUGGUAACGACGCCGAGCGGGGGGAGGGUCUGCCGAGACGGAGGGGCCGUUUGGCCGGCGGUACUUGCGGUCGCAAUCACUUCGACCUGAACAGCCCUCGCACGAGGUCCCGGGGCAACGUUAAGAUCAAUCUGUGGACCCUGGACGUCAGUCCUAUUCUGCCGGGCGUCAAGCCGAAUUGCCGUCGGCAGCAGCCGCAGCGCAGCAGCAAGUUCCGCCGCGUCAAGUUCGAGAGAACCCUCUCCUCGACGCUGACGGCGUCGUCGGUGGUCGUGGCCAAGAGGAGGACUCGCAUCGGGGCGAAUGCUAAGACGAAGACUGAGGCGACUACAGGGGAGGAGCGAGAGUCGUCGAAGGACGAUCGGGACUCCUCGUCGUCGUCGAAGGGUGAUCGGGGCUCGUUGAGGAAAGAUCGCGACUCGACAAGGGACGAUCGAGGCCCGUUGAGGGACGAGAACGAUCCAGCCGUGAUCGAGGAUUCGGCGAAGAACGACUUGACGAAAGGUAGCGAUCUCGACUUGUCGAGGGACGACGCUGAUUCGUCGAACGAUCGAGGCGCGCCGACGAGCGAUCGUGGCCCCGCGGAGGACGACUGCUCGACGGCGUCCUCGAACGGCGUAGAGCAACACGUUGCCGACGUCGACGCGGAGCGAGCUGCCGAUGAACGCGCGACGACACCGGUCGCGCCGGCUGACCACGCGAAGUCGACGGAGUCGUCGACGAGGUCUGAUCACGCGGAGCAGGCUGUCAAGGAGGAGAAAGAGAGGGAGAGGAGCAGCGACAAGAUCGUCCGCGUCGUUAACCAGGUGUCGACGGUCUGCUCUGUCCAGGUGACGCGCUGCUCGGCGAAGUUGUCGUCCACGGGCUACCGGAAGCUCGGGCCCGAGGUGAAUCGCAACGAGGACGCGGAGAACCUCGACGUGAACGUCAACACGAGAGACUCCUCGCUACCCUCGCCGGGCGCCGCGCCGUCGGACGUUUCGCUGAAGCGCGCGAAAGAGACUACCACGACGACGACGAUGCGCGACGUCAGGUCCAUAGCCGAGAUAGUCGUGUCGGCGAAUUCCCUGUUCAACAAUUCGCGCGUGAAACUGAACGUGGCGGCUUCGAAGGAGCCGGAGAAGGGCGAUUCGCCCGCGAAUCGCUCGGUCCCGCUCCUACGCUCGAAGGCGCUGCGGGACGGCAGUCCUGACGUCUCGUCGUCCUCGUCGACCAGCGACAAAAUCACCGUCAAGACCGCCGCGGUGCCUCGCGUCCCCGUCGCCCAGAAGAACCCCAAACCCGCGAACACCACCGACGACGCCUCGUCGAAUAACGACGAGGACGACGCGCGACGCACCGACGAGGGGGAGAACGACGACAACGACGUCGAGCCGACGGCAACGCCCGUAACGCGAAAGCAUGCUAGUCAGAGAUACAAUAACUCGAAGAGCGAGAACGCGGACUCGGAGAGGAGAGGGCUAGAAAACGAGCCUGCAGUGUCCCCGAACUCGGCGUCCUCCGACUGCUCGACAGCUGCCGCGAAGAGCGAGACGAGUCCCGGCGAGUCCAGGUGCAAGAUGCGGAAGAUCGUGCUGGACGCGAGCGGGAACUCGCGAGGCGUGACGACUCGCAGCUCGAAGCUCUCCCCGGUGGCCAACGCUCGCUCCGAAGAAGGCGGCGGAAGCAACACGCGGAUAACGGAGGACAAGGUCGAGCCGGAGGCGGCCAAGAACAGUCCGCAGCAAUCUAAAGUGAACCAGACCUCGCGAAAGAGCGACGUUUCGUCGCCCACCUCUUCUUCCCCGCCGCAGUCCGUCGCCGAGCAGAGCAAAGUCACGCGAUCGACGACGGGUGCUCGGCCGUUCACGCCGCCGCUGCUCGGCGAGGCGCGCGGCUCCCCGUCGCGGCUGAUCAGCGCGAAGCGACGGCCCGACACUCCGCUGCCUCGCCCGGUCACGAGAUCCGCGGCGACCGUCGUCACCUUCGGCGCCACGACGACGAUCGAUGACGCGAAUGCCUCGUCCUCGUCCGCCUGCCGGGGUGAGAAACACGCCACCCGGCAGAACUCCAAGCUGUCCUCAUGCCAGGACAACGGCUUCGUGAGUCCGCUGCCGUUCCGACGCAGCAGGUCGAUACCGCUGAUGAAGCCGGAAGCGGCGAGCAAAGAGCCGGUCACGGCGGAGCGAGCCUCGGUCAUCCACCUGAAGCGUCGCCCGGACACCCCGCGGCCGAUGAACGACGAGCAACCGGCGCCCCGGGUGACUCGUUCCGGCCUGACCUUGAAUUCCGCCGCGAAAGCCUCGUCCUGCCCGCCGCGAGCGAGCGGCAAGACAUCGGCGGGCCGAGGCUCGCCCACGCGGGAGCCGAACGAGAGCCCAGCGACGCCUUCUUCGUACGCGUACGAGAAGCCGCAGCGGACCGCCAAGGUCGUCGCUAUCCUCACCUUGGACACGAGGAGCAAUCACCAGCACCACAACAGCAAGGCUCCCUCCUCGAUCCAGCCCAAGUCCGCCAACUACACCGCCGGUGGUGGCGGCAGCAGCGCCGGCAACCCCCCGGAGGCGAAGGAGGUCUUCGUGACGCGAUUGUCGGACUCUCUGAAGGAACAGGAGGCCGCCGACUCCGAAGGCUACGACUCGUCCCCGGACUCCAAGUCCAAGAGGCUGCGCAGGGGGGAGAGCAAGCGCGCCAGGAUAGUCUCGUAUCUCGAGAACGAGGACGGCCAGCUGGACGAAGAGGACGGGCUGCCGUUGAAGAGGGUCGCCGUCCGCGCCUCGAGCCACUUCUCCGCGCCAACUCAGACGCGCUCGGAGAAACUGAGGAACAACAUUUGGUUGUCAAAACACACGAUGGAGCAGAUGCCGAUGUGGUGUCCACCGACGCCCCCCACGACGGACAAUGACGUGUACAUCGAUUAUUCUCUGGGUUUCCUCUACGAGAACACCCCCAUGUCGGAAGCGCAACUGCCGCCGAUCUACAUCAAGAAGGAACGGAAGAGAUGCAGGGUUAACGUCAUCAAUGAAGACGGAUGUCGACCAGCGAAGAUACGACACAAGGAUAUGUCCGUGUACGCACCGAAGUCGCUGUUCGACAGGCCGAUGACCAUAUUCAACAAGCUACUUCGCGAUUUGAAACUCCACAAAUACCGGUCUUUGUUGAUGGGACUAACGGCUUCCUCCUCGAAGGGGGCCGAGGCGGUUUACCCGGAGGAAUGGCUGAUCAACGAAGACGUGACGCUGCUGCAGGCCGUUAAGAUGUAUCCGGCACACCCGGUGAACUUGCUGCUACUCGAUCAGGAUACGAACUGGGACCUUGUCUCCGACAUCGUCAACAACAUCUCGCGGUUGUACAGAUCGUUUAAGCAGUGCAGGACGCGAUACGACACUGUGGUGGAGCCUCGCGAAGAGGGCAAGAUGCUCUACGACGCCACGCCGAAGAAGCAGAAGAAGCAGAAGGGAAACGUGUACAAGACACCGCAAGUUGUCGAGCAACCGAGCAAAAGCAGCAGGCCGAUGAAGACGUUGCAGCUGCAAAGCCAGGAUAAGAACAAAUCGUUCACGCAGAUAGCCAUACAGAGGUUCGAGCUGUUCAAGACCGUGUCGAACAAGCGAACGCCGACCGUGAAGCCGAUGCUCGCGACCCCGUCGAUGAAAAAUUCCAACAACGCCGCCGUAUUGGCCGAGUACGGCAUACAGUACGAUAAUCCCCUGACACCGAUAGAAGCUGCCAUAUCUCGCGCUAAAAGAAUCAACGACGAGAAGAUCAGACAUGCUCACAGUACAGCAUCGCGGCUUCAUCAACAACAAUUUCAUCUGCAGCAAUUCAGGCUGCAUCAGACCCAGCAGCAGACGGGGCAGCAGCAGCAGCAACAACAACAACAACAACCGGGGCAGCAGCAGGUGGUGCAACAGCAACAAGUGGGGCAGCAGCAGGUGGCGCAGCAGCAGGCCGCUUCGAGCGCUUCCCAGGUGGUGCACCAACUGGUGCAUGCGACGGCGGUCACGACGGCGGCCAGCAGCAGCGGCAUCACCAAGGUCGCGACCAGCAACAGCGCGACAUUGAACAAUAUCACGGCCGGCGGUAACCCGGUGGUCACCACCGUGAGGGCUCGGCCAGGAGUAGCGGCGGCGGCAGGGCAGCAAGUGGCCGCGCAAGACGUUAGAACGACCUCCACCGUGGCGGUGGCGAACGUUGGGAACGUGCAGACGGCGCAACGGAUCGCGACGGCCAGUCUGGUGUCCGCCGGUCAAGCUGGCUCCGGGACGGCUGUGCAGAAGGGUGUGGUGGGCGUCACGGUGACCACCACGACCGGCACUAAAACGCUGACUCCGGCGCAGAUACAAUAUUACCGGCAGCAACACAUGCUGCUGCGACAGCAGCAACUGAAGAUGCGCGAGGGGAUGAACGUGAGCGGAAGCACCUCGAUGGCAUCGGUAUUACACGCUCAGGGCAGCGGUGGUCAGAAAGUUUCGGUCGCAGUGUCGGCCACUGCGGCGCAACGAGCGGCAGCGGCAACGUUGAUGAAGCAGGGUAUCGCCGCGGCCGGGUCCGUCGCGCAAACCACUGUGGGUAAACAGACAGUUACGCGAACAAUGUCCGAAGCGGAGAUGGCUGCUCUGCUCAAGCGUCAGGCGCUGCAACAACAGGCGAAGGCAGCUGCAGCAGCCGCGGCAGCGGUCGCGCAGGUACGGGUGCCUGCUCAAGCGGGAUUGACGCCCGCGCAGAUCUUCGCCCAGGCGGGUCUGCAGGUGCAGCAAGCGGGCACUUCAGCGAGCGGUACUCCGGUGGCCACCUUGGUGAAGACCGCCAAUGUGGCUGGUGUGCGCACCGCAACACCUCAACAAAUUCGCCAGCUCGCGUUGCACCCGCAAAUCCUCGCCCAACGGAAGCUACCGGCGCAGAAGGUCGCCCAAUUGGCUCAGGUGGCUGGUAAGACAGGCGUGCAGACACAGCUGAUCGUGCAACAGAAGUCCUUGUCUACGACAAUGACAGUGCAACAGAUUCAACAGGUGAUGAAGCACGUACAGCCCUCGGCGAUGCAACAGUUCACCCAUGUCUCGACGGGUCAAGCCGUGUCGCAGGCCAGCCAGGUGGUGCUUGCUAAAUCCCCGCUGCAGACACGCGUGAUACCGGUCGCGUCCGGUGCUCUGAAGCAAACUAUCCAGGUAGUGACCGCCAGCAACGCCCAGCUGAGGCAGGCAACGCCUAUCCAGGGCAAACCGGUGGCGAGCAGCACGGUCAGACGUAGUCCUGGUCCGGGCCCGUCGCCAGCCCCGUCACCGAUCCCAGGCUCUUCGACCACCGGCACCACCGGUGCCGGGUCAACUGGCAAUUCAGGAGCUGGUUCCGCUGCCACUUCGAACAUGUCUUCGACUACACCCACACUUGGCCAGGUGAGAGUGCAGGGCAUAACGCACUCGCAACAACAGCAGCAGCAACAGCAGCAGGCUCAGCAGGACGCUCAGCCGAAAUAGCUUUCUUGUUCCACGAAGGAAUCGUGCGAAUUGAAUCGGGAAAUGCGGGGAACCGGUUAGGCCGGUACGCCUUCAGAGGACCGGGUUUAAUUUGUUAGUUUAACACGUGUAACAUUAGUUGUGUAACAUCAAUAUUCGAUAUAUUAACGUAGUAUGACGCGUAAUACUUAUUGUAUAUAUAUAUAUGUGCGUACGCAGAACCGGCAUUGUAAUAUUUGCACGCGAAGUUGUACCAUCGUCGAGAGGAACUCUUCUCGUGUGGAAGAUACAGGCUCCGGACGGAUGUAACUUUCGUGCGUAGGAACUUCAACGCCGGCCUGUGAACGCUCAUUUGCGAAACGGUGUUCGAACACAUCUUUUUGCCGACGAAAAGCGCGUCAAGUAAUCGCAAUUGCGAGUUCACGGGUUUGCGUCGUGAUCUACGCUGCGACAGAAGCCCGAGUGACGGUAUACGACGGAAGUAUGGAUCCUUUAAUAUGUUCUUGUAUUAUGUCGUACGAUAUAUAGGUUGACCCAAAUGUCUCAUCUCUCGAGAAUUUCGAGAGAGACAAAUCCUUCAUUCAUUGGACACGGAAUACGUUUCGGAAAAUGGUCGAAAAUGUAACCUUCAAUCCGUCAACUAUACGUGUGUGUAUUAAGAAUCUCGCGGUGCGAUUACCCGCAGUUAUUCCGAGAUAUCCUGUACAAUAUUAACACCUUUUAUCUAAUACAUUAGAAUAUAAUGAAGUAUGCUCCGUCGCCUCGUAUAUUAUCAUCUCGGCUUCCUGUUGUAACGGAUUGUUGCACAGGUUCGCGAGUAAACGGCUCGCAAUCGCGACCAUUUGACGCGGUCGUUACUUCACUUCGUCAGCAAAAAUGCGCUUGAAAACGAGCCGUCUCGAUUACCGCCUCGCAAACGAGUGUGCAUUAUUAUGUAACAUAUGUACGUAUAUAUGAGGGUACACGUGCACACUAACAUAACUUAUAUGCGGCGUACAACUACAUUAUAUGUCUGUGUAUAUAUAUAUAAAACACUCGACACGCGUUUAUAUAUAUCCAAUGUGUUUUUGCGAUACUACGGUUGGAGGGAAAAUCGUUUUCAGAAGUGUGUAUGUGUGUGUCUCGGCGAAAGCGAAAUUAUGAUUGGAAUAUUCUAGUCACACUAGGCGAGGAGACAAGAUAUUUUGUUGUAAAAGGAAAUGAUUGUUUUUUUAUCGAGACCAUAUGUUAAUUCACAUAUGUGGGUUCCUUCAGUUUCCCGAUUCAAUUCGACUUCUCGCCGUUUGGUUUUUUGGUUUUUUUCUCUUCUUCAAAGUUAAUGAUAAUCCCAAUACGUGACAUUGAAAUCUGACAGAACGAGGAUAAGCGUAACGCGCAUUCGAAGUAUAAAGCAUUCCAAGGUUUCGCUGCGAUCGGCCCUGAUUUUGAAGUUACGGUGACUCACUUCCGCACACGUUCGUUGGACAAAUCACCACGUCUGUUUCAGUUCAUUUACGUGGUCGGCAUUUCGUCCUUGAUCACAUGCCUCGAUAUCAUUGACAAUCGGUGUUAAUUACGAACAUUUUUGAAUAUUUCCGGAGUAAAAGUUGAAGCGUUUGGCAGUUAGUGCAUUGCGGUGUUAAGAGAAUCGCUCUCGAAGUUUUAUUUGCCCAAGAAGAUACCUUGGCGUAUAUUUAUAAGUACGUUAUACUAUAUAAUUUGAAAGGCAAUCGGGUGUUCUCUCAUUUGAAUAAUUGAUCCUAUAUGACACCGUCGUUUUCGAUUGAAGAAAUUUAUCUCAACUAAAAUACAAUCCGUCACGUUCGUUUUCCUUUAAAAGCAUAUACCACACGUACACACGCGCGCACACACACAUACACACACACACGCACACACGCAAACACACCGUUUCGUCAUUGUACCUUCUCUCCGUUUUUCUCUCGGAGCACCCUGUAUUGUGCGUGUGUGUGUACACAGUUAUAUGUAUAUAUGUAUGUAUAAUUUCCGUAUUAUAAGUACUGAAAUAAAUCUCUACGAGGAGAGA